UACAAGCGCAGCAUUUAGUCGGAGUUCGACGCUCAGCCAGCGACACACUCUCUCCCACGCACACGCUCACGCCCACGCACACACAGCAGCCCAGGAGAGCCGGCGACGAAGAGAAGCAGAAGCAGAAGCAGCAGGAGAGGAGGUACCAGAACACGAGCAACUGCAUCCCCGGGACAGCCACAACAACAAAAGAAAGCGAGGUCAACCUGCUCGCAGACGUAACGAUGACGCUGUCACGCUCACGACCUCAUCUUUUGAUGCUGCUGCUCCUGGCAGCAUCCAUCGUUGCUGCCUCCUGCAUCGACUCCAUGCCAGCCGGCAAUCAGACUCUGCUGGAUGUCAACGAGAUUCCACAGCGCUACGAUGAGGCACAGCUCUGGCGGAUCUACAACAUAUCGGAGGCCAUGCAACGCCGCGUGCCCGUGGGCCAGAUGCUCGAGCAGAAGUUUGGCGGCAACAUUUGGAAGGAGAACUCCAAGUUCCUGGACAUCUCCAUUGCCCGGGAUCAGUUGAAGGCGGCGCGCAGUUUCCUCUCAGCCCAUCGACUGGAUGCCCAGAUAUUGUCGGAGAACAUUCAGUCAAUGAUCGACGAAGAGCUGCUCGAAGGGAUCCAGGCCACGGCCUCGCAGCAGGGAAAGAGAGCGAAAAAGGCCACCAGGAGCAGCAUGCACUGGAAGGACUACCAUGACCUGGAUACCAUCUAUAGCUUUAUGCGGGAAAUCCGCAGCAAGUUCCCCAACAUUGUGCGACUGUAUACCAUUGGCCAGACGGCCGAGGGUCGUGACCUGAAGGUGCUGAGAAUCUCUGAAAAUCCCCGGAACAAGAAGGUGUGGAUCGACGGCGGCAUUCAUGCACGCGAAUGGAUCAGCCCCGCCACGGUCACGUUUAUCCUCUACCAACUGAUGUCGAACUGGGAGAACCAGCCGUCGCACAUCCGCGGCCUCACCUGGUACAUUAUGCCCGUGAUGAAUCCCGAUGGCUACGAGUACAGCCGAAAGACGAACCGCCUGUGGCGCAAGAAUCGCUCGCCUUCGCGUCAGAGUCAGUGCAGCGGCGUGGACCUCAACCGAAACUUUGAUAUUGGAUGGAAUGGCUAUGGAUCGUCGACUAAUCCCUGCCGGGACACCUAUCGCGGCUCAUCGCCCGCCUCCGAGCUGGAGACGAAGGCGGUGGCUGAGUUUCUGGCCAAGCGCAAGUACAACCUGGAGUCGUAUCUGACGUACCACAGCUACGGCCAGAUGAUCGUCUACCCGUGGGCCUACAAGGCCGUCAAGGUCAAGGACUCGAGCAUUCUGCAGCGUGUGGGUAGCCUGGCGGCAGAGCGGAUUGCCCAGAAGACGGGCACCACCUACAGAGCGGCGGUUACGCACGAGGUGCUCGGCAUUGCCGGCGGUGGCUCCGACGAUUGGAGUCGCGCGGCCCUGGGCGUCAAGUAUGUGUACACCAUUGAGCUGAGGGAUCGCGGAGCCUAUGGCUUUGUCCUGCCGCCCAGAUUCAUCAAGGACACGGCACUCGAGGGCUGGACAGUGGCCGAAACGGUGGCCCAGGCAAUUGGACCCAGUUCCUCUGGUUAAUAUCUAAAGUCUGUAACUAAUGUUUUAUUUUUUUUAAACCCCCACCUUGUGUGCCUGCUGGAAUAUGUACAGUGUGUGUGCCUGUGUCUGGUGAUUGCCUGUUUAUGUUAUAAAGUGUGCUUCUGUUCUCCUCUCGCUGUGUGAAUGCUUCUGCUUUAAGGAGGGGGCCGUCUGCCUGGCUGGCUGGGUGGAGUGUUCAUCCAUCCAGUAUGCCGGAUAAAUAAAGAAAUUUUUGCUAU